UUUUCUCGUUUCUAGGCAUCCUCAUCGCUCUUAUUCUCAUUGGCGUCACAGUUACUGUCAGAUCAUAAUGCAAUUGCCGCCCAUUCUACGACAGCCUGCUGUCCAAAUCAUUGGUGAAAAAUGUUACGUUUCCCUUGUUGAAAACCUGAACCUACUUAACGACACCGAAUGCAUCAAAUACAGUAUCAGUAAGGGCCUUGGUCUUGGAAUCGUUCUAGGUGGAUCCAUUGUCAAGAUCCCUCAAAUUCUUACUAUUUUGAAGAACAGAUCCGCUGCUGGCUUAUCGCUCUCCAGCUACAUCAUCGAAACACUAUCCUACUUUAUCACUUUAGCUUACAACAUGCGUCAAGGAAACCCCUUUAGUACCUAUGGCGAAAUGAUGUUCAUUGUCAUUCAAAAUAUUGUCAUUAUAAGCUUGAUGUUUGUAUAUUCUAGACAGCACGCGUCAUUAUUGAUAACUCUUCUAGGCCUCGGGGCUGCGUUUUAUGUUCUCAAUAACCAAAAAUUGGUGAGCGCUGUAUUGAUGAGCAGUCUUUUGGCCCUGACCAUUCCUUUGAACUUAUCUUCCAAGAUACCACAAAUCCAAACCAAUUUCAAAAACAAAUCAACAGGCCAAUUGUCUGUCUUUACAGUCGUGAAUUAUUUUGCAGGUAGCGCGGCGCGUGUAUUUACCAAUAUGACCGAAGUAGGUGAUCCUUUGAUUAUGUUGGGUGGCGUAGGUGCCACCGUCUUGAAUGGCAUUUUGCUCCUGCAAGUAAUCAUGUAUUGGAACGACAAGAAGAACUUAAGUACAGCAGCUGUAGCCACUACAGCCGCAGCACAAAGAAAGUCUAGAAAGGCUGAUUAAAGUCUACAUAUAAAUUCGAAUAAUAAAAAAAAAUAGGCCCUGUAUGCAAAGAUGGCAUUAAUAACAAUUACGGACUUGAUAAGG